AUGUCUCACAGUACGUACAAUAGGAUUUGGAGCGAUGCUCAAGCACGGCUCAGCAGCCUUCUGAGGGAAGAAGCAGAGCCACUUCGGCCCGAAAAGGACAGGGUGGUGUUCUUCCAACGGCUAGCCAACCUCUAUGUGCGCUAUAUUCAGGUCUUUAGGGAGCUGGUGGAAGCUCAUGACCAGAUAGUACACCCUCAGAAGAGACAAAUUAUCAGGGAGGUCCUGGACGGAGUAAUGGGCCGUGUGCUUGAGCUUAAGAAUGAGAUGGUGGAGAAGGAAUACUCAGAGUACCACUACAUGGAUGACGUUCUCAUAGACUUGAAGUUGACACCUGACUUCCUCGAAAUUCCUAUCCCACGGUAUUUUAUCAGAGAACGGCACAAGGUUCUAGAAGAUAGAGAAAAACAGCUAUCCAGCAUUCUUGAGUCAAUGCAUGUGAUGAAAACACCAAAACCUGUUCGUACCAAGAAUUUGGAAGAAAGCGUUAAGCAAAUCCAGAUCUCAGAGAGAGCUCGGCAGGGCCGACUCCGAGCGAAGUUUAUGAGAGAGAUCCAGCACCAAGAAGAAUGGCAGCGGAAGACCAAGGACAGGGACUUGUCUGCAGUGAAAAUUCAGAAGGUGUGGAGGGGGUACAUUCAAAGGAAAAAGACAAAGAGGGAAAGACAGGAAGAGAUGAUAUUUCUGGGCAUGGCCAUGGACCCUAGUCAGUCUCAGCCAUGCCCCUCUGUCUUGGCUGCCCAGGCCAAUGAGGCCCGCAGGCGGACCAUACAGGAUGAGCAUGAGGAGGACUACCAAAAGGACAUUAUAACCAUCACGGAGAAACUCAGAGAGGAAGAGGGCCCUGCCAUGAGGGAUACUAUGAAGUACCAGAUAUUGCAGUGGUUCACUGAGUGCCGUGAUGCAACUGGUGCUUUUCCUGACUUUCCAGAGGAGGAAGAUGGUGGAUCGGCUCUUAUCUUUGCUGAUAAAACGCCUCAACAGUUAAUGGAAGAAUUGGCAGCAAAAGAAGAGGAUGAAGCCAACAAAAAGCCAAAGGAAAAAGAAGAGAAAAAGGACAAAGGGAAAAAAGAUAAGGGGAAGGGAGACGAGGAGGUGGAAGAAGCUGGUUUGAAGAUGCUGCCAUCAGCUUUUUUGGCAGAUCUGGAGAUUGGACUCAAAACAUAUGUUGAAAUUUGGCAGAAUCGUAAUGAGUCCAAGAACUUCGGUCAGAAGCAUGAAGCUGAGCUGACCAAGGAGGAAAGGAGGAAGCAGAUUGAGGUGGAGAUAAGACGGCAGGUGGAUGAGAUGAUAAGACAAGAACUGGCUAAUUUGAAGUUGGCGUUGGAUAAAGAGAAAGGUGGAAAGGCCACGGGAAAAGCAACGAAAAAAAAAGAAAAGGGUGGAGAGAAGAAAAAGAAGGAGAAAGACCUCACAGCUGACAGGACUAUUGAGUCCCUGUAUCAAGAGCUUGUGGAACAAGGGCUUUUGAAACCGGCAGAUAAUGUAAAAUUACAAGAUUAUUUAGGGGAGUACAACCUCCUUGGGACUACUUUACGACAGACUGAUAUUGAACCAAUGCCAUCCCUGUCAGAUGUAAGACAGGCCAUUGCUCUCUAUGCAGUCUUACCAUUAGGGUCACAGACAGUGCAUGAGAAGGCUCCUCUGGUAAAAUCUAUCCUGCUUGCAGGGCCAUCAGGAGUUGGCAAAAAGAUGCUGGUUCACGCCAUCUGCCAGGAAACUGGCGCUAACCUCUUUGAUCUUUCCCCCUACAACGUGGCAGGAAAAUAUCCAGGCAAGAAAGGCCUGCAGAUGAUGGUUCAUAAUGUGUGUAAGGUUGCCAGAUUGAUGCAACCAUCUGUGAUCUGGAUUGGAGACGCUGAAAAAAUGUUCUUUAAGAAAGUGCCAAAAGAGGAUAAAGAGUUAGACCCCAGACGUCUGCAGAAAGAUUUGCCGGAAAUUGUCAAAUCAAUCAAAAGUGGGGAUCGUAUACUCGUUGUGGGAACAACCCGGGAGCCAUUUAAUGCAGAUCUUAAGGCUCUGUGUAAGGUUUAUAACAAGAUCAUCCUCGUACCACGGCCUGACUAUGGAUCAAGAUAUGUUAUGUGGAAACAACUGAUCGUUAAAUAUGGGGGACGGAUAUCCGAUGCACUCAACAUUAGCGCUCUGGCGAAGAGUUCUGAUGGUUACACGCCGGGUCACAUGGUAAAGGUAGUACAGAGCAUCCUGACAGAGCAACGCAAACAGCAGCUAGACAGAAGACCUCUGACUGCUUAUGACUUUGUCGAGCCCCUCGCUAAGAUUGACCCCGUUUUCCAGGAUGAGGAAGAGGCCCUAAAAAACUGGUAUGCCAAAACUCCGCUGGGAAAGAAAAGAGCAAAAGCAGCCUCUGGAAAAGAGGGAGAGGAAGAGGCACCAAAAAAGGGAGGAAAAGAUGCAAAAAAGAAAGGGAAGAAGUAG